CACUUGUAUUUGGGUGUUGCUGAACGGACAGUUUGUGAAACAGGCCACAGUUUCCUGAUAAAUGAGAGUUGUGUCACUCCUUCCAGACAUCUCUCAUCUUUCUCUCUCCAAACACUUUGGACUUUUAAAGGAAAAAUGCACCUGCUGGGAAUGAGUUUGUUUCUUCUGUUGAAAGCUGGAGGUGUUGCCGCACAACAGCAAACUGGAUUGUGUUAUAUACUGGACGGGAUUCUGAUCAUCUAUGGCAUCGUGUUGACGGUUCUUUACUGCAGAUUAAGGAUGCGGCCGGCUAAUAAUAAAGAGAAGCAAGACGGAGGGAUCUAUGCGGGAUUGGGCCAUCAAGAUCCGGACCAUUAUGAAACUCUUCCUGGAAUGAAGAAAAAACCCAUUGCCUAACAUCUGCCCCUCAAACUAUUCUCUUAUUCUGUAAAAUACAGACUCACAUUUUGCUAUAAAUGAUUUGAAUAUGUUUAUAUUAAGCAAACAAUAUACGUAACAGCCUAGUUUUCGUCUGCAAGACAAUUAUUUCACACUCUUAAAAUAAAACGUCAAAAGUGAGUUCUUCACAGUGAUGCCUUAGAAAAACCUUUAGAAAUCUUCUUUAAGAACAUUAUCUUAGAUGUUUGUAGAACUAGUUUUGAUAUGAAGAAGGCUUUAAGCAAUGGGCUGGUUGCACAAGAUGGCGCCGGUGAGCUUUUGCGAUGACAGAGUCUGCAGACUAAAUUCCGGUCGUGUAACCUGUAACGUAUCGAGUUGUUUUGGCUUAACAAAGCGCUCCAACAUGUAAAGAGGAUCUGUCAUAUUGCUUAUAUAUUACUUCCUUAUUUUUCAAUCUAAGAAACACCCAUAUUUGCCGGCCCCAAAUCCUCCUUUUCCAACAUAGUAGCUGCGUCCCAAAUCGCACACUUCUGCACUAUUCAACGCCAUUUUGUAGUAUCAAUAGUGUGAGUAGUCAGUUCACUUGAAAAUGCUCAAAAAGGACCAUAGUCUAAGUCCAUAGUUUAAGUGCAUAGUAUGUCAUCUGGGACACAGCUAGUGUCGCCAUCUUGUGCAAAGACCGGAAAUGACUCUGCCGACUCUGGCGUCUCAAAAACUCACCGGCGCCAUCUUGUGUAACUAGCGAAUAGAAGAUUCUGUGGAUGUUAAAUGUUUCUCAUGGAGUCAUGCAGGUUGGGGCUGGCAGGUUGAUGAAUAAUCUUUAUUUUUAAGAGUGUCUGUGUUUAGAUCUUUUUAUAUAGUAAUUUUUGCUUGUGGUGAAAACUUUCAAUAAACUAAAUGAAAUAACUAAAA